GUCUGACUCUGCUCCAUCCCCCAACCCCGCCGGUGCCUCUCCCCGCGCUGCCGCUGUCAGGUGCGUCCGGGCUGUCAGUCUUACUUUAAGGACCGAUGCCUCGACUCUCGACGACUUGGAAACCUGUGUCUUUUGAAUGAGCCUGAUCAGCUAGAAGAUCUGAUGAGGCUAAACAGCGGCAACAACUCUUUGUUUCUUUCACAAUGAAUAGGAGACGCACGACUGCCUCCAAGGGCCAGACCUCCCGCGCUCCUGGUCCCAGCACCUCUGGAAUGAUGCGCAUCUACACGGACGAUUCCCCUGGUCUCCGCGUUGACCCUGUCGUUGUCCUCGUUUUGUCCUUGGCCUUCAUUGCCUCUGUCUUUGCUCUUCACAUCUACGGAAAGCUGACCCGUGCUUAGACGCGGACACUACAAAUUCUCUCUACCACAAUCCCCGUGUAUCAUACAAACUUCAAACUUCAAUAAAAAAAAAACUCCAUGUUCUAAUCACAC